CUUUCAAAAUGUUUUUCAUAUCGAAUGAAAAGGAUUACACAUCAAAACCCACAUGUAUUAAAUUACAAUCUAAACAGUCGCGCGCGCGGUAGACAUCAAAUUGUGUUGUUUUUCUUGCCACAUGUUACGCACGUGUCGUCCGGUUCCAGGAACUGCAAUAAUAUUAACCAUUUCUUUGCGAGGGAGCUCGGUGUUUAGACUCUGACCAAGCCGAAACUUGUAGACAAAUAAGAAACAGCUCAUGCAACCGAAUAGCUGGACUUUUUCGACAAAUAAUACGAAUAUCUCACUAUCCCCCGCUAAUUCAUUCUAAACCCGUUAAGAUUAAAUGCAUGAUUAUGACUCACGCUGCUCCGAUCCGUGAAUCCAUGACGCAUUUCUAAUGCGCCAUCUCCAUGUUUUGACUACCACCACCAACAGCAACAGAUUGAACCCUGCCAACACAAAGCCUUAGCGCUUGCAAUCCCCUCUUUGUUUUUUCAACAAAAUGGCUGAUUUGGGGGAUGAUACCGGAGCGAGAGCCCUGUUGGCCCUCAAAUCCGCUCCUUGUAGCCCGGUGGGUAUAUCGAUCCCGCCCGUGUACACUUUCUCCUCCUCGACUUCGCCCAGAAUCACAUCCUCCAUGCCCCUCUCCCCUCCGUCGCAGGCCCUCGCGCGGCUGGAAGGCAGGGACUUCGAGUUCGUCAUGCGCCAGAGGUCGGUGACUGUCGGGCGGAAUUCCUCGCACGGCUCCGUGGAUGUCAACAUGGGCCACUCCAGCUUCAUAUCCAGAAGACAUCUGCAGAUCGCCUUCGAGGAACCGCAUUUCUACUUGCGCUGUCUCGGCAAGAACGGUGUGUUUGUCGAUGGCGUUUUUCAGAGGAGAGGCGCACCUCCACUUCUCUUACCGAGGGAGUGCACUUUUCGAUUUCCCAGUACGGUGAUAAAGAUUCAGUUUACAGCGCUCUACCACAAGGAGACACAGAAGGAAGAGGCUCCCAUUUCCCCUGUGAGACCCCUUUACUCACAAAUCUCUCCACUGAAAAUCAGCAUUCCUGAAAAUGACUUCAGAAGUAUGAUGAGUCCCCUGCCUUCACCCACAGGAACUAUUAGUGUUCCUAAUUCCUGUCCAGCGAGUCCUCGUGGCGCAGGAUCUUCAGGAUACCGCUACGGACGCAACAUCACCUCAGACCUUCAGCUGGCAGCUGAGUUUGCAGCCAAGGCUGUAUCAGAACAGCGCACUGAAGCCACAGGAGGAGACAGUCCUAAGGAUGAAUCCAAACCUCCAUACUCGUAUGCUCAGCUGAUCGUUCAGGCCAUCUCUUCUGCACCAGACAGACAGCUAACACUAAGCGGCAUCUACGCUCACAUCACCAAGCAUUAUCCAUACUACAGGACAGCCGACAAGGGCUGGCAGAAUUCCAUCAGACACAACCUGUCUCUGAACCGCUACUUUAUUAAAGUGCCACGCUCACAGGAAGAGCCAGGAAAGGGUUCAUUCUGGCGUGUAGACCCCUCGUCUGAGGCCAAGCUGGUGGAGCAGGCCUUCCGAAAGCGCCGGCAAAGAGGGGUAUCCUGUUUCCGCACACCCUUCGGCCCACUCUCCUCCAGGAGUGCCCCAGCAUCUCCCACCCACUCUGGCCUCCUCUCUCCACAUUCAAGCGGCCUGCAGACCCCUGAGUGUCUGUCUCGGGAAGGGUCACCAGUUUCUCAUGAGCAUGACUUUGGUUCCAAGCUUGCUUCUGUGCCCGAGUAUAGAUACUCACAGAGUGCACCAGGCUCUCCAGUGAGCGCCCAGCCUGUAAUCAUGGCCUUGCCGCCUCAGCCCUCAGCUGCGAUACACAAGCCUGUUGCUUACAUGCCAGCCUCCAUCAUCAGCUCCUCCCAGGCCUCUGGUCAGGCCAUUCAUGUGGUGCAGCAGGCGCCAGCUGUCACCAUGGUCCGUGUAGUGACCACCUCUACCAGCUCCCCCAAUGGCUACAUCUUGGCUAACACCUUCUCCAGCUCUGUUGAUGGUUUUGGAGAUCAAAGAAUUGAUGAGAUGCCUGUGGUUGGCAGUAGAGUUAUUCAGGCUGUAGGAAGUCACAUAAGCUCAACCAAUAGGGGGCAGCAGAGCUACACUGUCGUUCAGCAGAGUGCCAUGCACCAGCUUCCUGUGCAGACGAUUGCGCAGAAUGGCAAGCAUGCUCUCCCCAUCACCAGUGUAUCAUCCAGUGCUUACGCUCUUACCAAUCCUCUGCAGAUCUUGGCUGCCCAGGCUUCAACAUCCCCUCCUGUACUAGUCAACAGGCCUUCCAGCAUGGAGGUCGAAGAGUCCGGCAACGAUGAGCCCGAGCCAAAAAGGCCCAAAAUGGAGGAGGUUGCCAUCACUCCAAUCCCCCAACCUGUUAUUGUAGCAAUGAACCAAGAGGCCAGCGAAUGAAUGAGUGAGUGGAAGAGUCGAUGAUGGAUCUUUAAAGCACGUUCCUCAAUAUCGUUAUCGUACAAGGGGAAAGUGUCUUGUUUUCUUUCAACUGAGAACUUUAAUGUAUUGAAAACGACAAACCCGAACAUGGGUAACGGAAUCGAUUGUUUUGUAUGAAGAGGUUAAACGUGUUUCAUGGCGGGGGGAAUUCAUUGAGCUGCAUCUGGAAGCAUUCAAAUUCAAUGCUCACACAGUUUUAAUUUUUUAGGGGUUUUUAAUCUUGUAAAGAAUGUUUGAAAGAGUGUCCCUCAAAGGUAUGAAGUAGUUCCUCACAAGGUACAGGUUGAGAAAGUUUUCAUUUUUUUUUUUGGGUUGGGGUGGGACCAAUACCUAUGCAGCUAUAACAGUUUGAGAACAUGAGUCUCCGAAUUGAAGCAGUAUAUAUAAUAGGGGUCACGGGAAGCUGUUACUGCAGUUGCCUGUGCAGCCUUUGUGAGGAUUUAUUUAUCUCCCUGUUCAAAAAGGCUUAGAAAUAUUGAAAUAAGAUUGUUACUACUAAAAAGCACAUGAAGCAACCUACAAAACAGAUAUGAAAUAGAUAUAGAGGCCUUUCUAGCUGGAGUUCUUUAACAUACCAUAUUGUAAUGUACAAUUAUUAUUAUUGUGUGUGUGGAGGACUCCUUGCUGGCUUAUUACAAAGAGAAAUGUCUAGAAAAUGCUAAUUUCAGAAUUGGUCUAUUUAGCACAAAAUUAAAAUGAACUCAAUGAAUGUAGGUACUGUUUGUUUAUUUGUUAUGGUUCAUGGCACCCAUUUGUGACCUAACAAUAUAUAUAAAAAAGAUUAGAAUGUGUUUGUGGACAAAUUUUUGCUGUUAUGUGUUUAAAAAAUGAAAUGACUGUAAGUUUUAAGUUAAUUAUAUUUAACGUAGCUCAGUUGUAUCUGUCCAUCCCCAUUAGCACUUGGCCGAAAUUAUGCUCCGUAGAUAUCUUGUGUAGUAACAUGAUCCAGAUUGCAUCAAUGGAUGAAAGCAAGUAAACAGCUGAAAUGCUGUUGUAUCUAACUAUUGGGACGGGCUUAAUGUCAACCAAAUGCUUUUCCAUUUCUAAGACCCAGGAAUGUAAAUGUUAAAUAUUGAUUGUUGGAGAGGCUGUUUCUUCACUGACUUGCUGUGAUCCUUUAAUGUUCAUAGAAGCGACUAAAUUAAUGUUCAGUAUUUUUUUCAGAGAAUUCGAGGCCUCGCAAUUAUUUGUUCUUGUAAGAAGCUUAUUUUAGUAAUAUACACAAAAGCAGCCUUUAAUGAGACUUUCUAAUUUUACGAAGAGAAGAGUGAAAAUAUUUUGUUAGAAUUAUCAAAUAGGUGUUUUCAAGACAAUCACUAAUGGGAUAGUUCAGUAACCGCUUUAUAUGUUGCUAAUAAUAUGCACCACAAAUGUUGAAAAGUACCUUAGAGUACUUUCUAAGUAAGCUAAAUGUUAUCGCUAGCUUAUUUGUAUGCUAAUGUUGUUGUACGACCCAGCCGUACAGUGUUCCUUUAGUAGUAGAAGUAGAAAGGAUACUUCAACAGACCAAAUACAUAUCCUCAUUAUUAGUGCCUUAGCGCUUUGCUUCUUUCAGGACUCAAUAAUAAUUGUGAUAUACUACUUAAAGACAACAACAUCCAACUUUGAAACUUAAAAGUUCAUUUUCAGGUUUGUUUGGACACGAAGAGUAAAAAAAGAACAGCACGCAUCAUUCUGCUAUGUAACAAUACACUGCUGUUUAACUGUACCUAGAAUGUAGGAAUCUAGAAGAAUAGAUAUAAUACAAUGUGGACUUGUGACAGGAGCAAUAUGAUAAAAGUAGACAGGAAAUCAAAUCUCACUAGUUUCUCUAUUAUUUGAGCAGUUGUUUUGCAUCAGUGCUCAUUUGUAAGUUUUUAUUGAUUCAAAACUUCUGAUUUUUCACACAAAUCAAGAGUAAUCUGUAAAACAUCUCUGUAAAAAUCCCAGUCUUUUGGAGUGCAGCAUUAACGGGUUUUAACACGGAGCAUUGGGAAAAAAAAUUAAAACUUGAAAAAGCUACAAUCUUCUGUGGUUGCAUGAUCAAUUCAAACACAUAUAUCAAGGCUGAAUAAAGUUAUAUAUAUAUUAAUGGCCUUUCAGAGAUUUCUCAUUAAUGUUGUGGGACACUUUGUGUCACAUCUUACCUAUGUGGUAUUUAAUAAACAAAUGAGAGAACCA